GCUAUAAGAACUCCGUAACUUUCUCAAGUAUCAGAAAACAUUUCUUGUCUCGGGAUCCCAUGUAUGGAUACUUUAUUAUUGGUGUCUGGCGGUGAAUCGAAGGCGCAACUGGAAAUAACCGUUAACUUGAUGCGUGGAUCAUUCGGACUGACUGUCGCUUGUCUGUCUUCUAACUGAGGGGUGAUGUCUGAGGAAAUGACCGGGGAAGAGUCGAGCUCCCCAGGCUCUCCACUAGACAGUCUCAGCAACAGUGAGGGGGAACUGGAUAGGCAACCGAAGAGAUGUGGGAGGAAAAGGACAUCAAGCAGGAAGAAUGGGGAGGAUUCAGAUAGCCCUACCCCUGGGAAAAGAGGGAAAAAGUCAAGCAGCAGCAGUCCACAUUCUUUCGAAGACCUACAGACGCAACGAGUCAUGGCGAACGUGCGCGAGCGGCAGAGGACGCAGUCACUCAACGAAGCUUUCUCGUCUUUGCGGAAAAUUAUCCCCACUUUGCCUUCAGACAAACUGAGCAAAAUACAAACCUUAAAACUUGCUGCCAGGUACAUCGAUUUCCUGUACCAAGUUCUGCAGAGCGAUGAAUUGGACUCCAAAAUGGUGACAGCUGAUUCUGCUUAUCAAUAUGACAACGGGGCAAUUCUGGAGAAUAAUGCUGGAAACACACAAAGCUGCGGUUUAUGGGAGCAAACGUUGACAACCAUUUAAAACCAAAAAGGACAGGGCGUGGGGAGAGCACUUUGCCUGGGAAAGGCCCGCGUUUGGACGACCUGGAUCUGCAUUCGAGUGCUAGGCUACUACACUACUACAUUCUGAAAUACGUUAGUUUUUUUAUUGUUGACGACGAAUGUUACUUGGAAAUGUAUGUUUUCGUGCAUGUCUUUGACUCUGUGGACCGUAUUCUGUGGAGGUUAAAGGGCAGCAUCGACGCAUUUGUCUCAGUUUCCGUGUGAGACUUUCGAUGUGGACUGACUGCGGUAUUAUAGGCUGAUGGGUUGAAAUAAUGUGUCGCCAACCUGUGCGAAAAUAAUUGAGGUUAUUAUUUUCAGAAUACAUUUAUUUAUUUAUUGAUGACACGUGUUACAUGAGGAAUAGAUCUUAUGUCUGAAAUGCAUUCCUAUUUUUAUUAUUGUUGUGUAAAUAAUUGUAUAUUUUCCGCAAUAAAGUAAAUGAUAAA